UCUAAACAGUCUAGCAUUAUCUCGUGGCUUUGACAUAUAAUAACAACAACAAUGGCGUAUUCCGUGAACAUUUCCGUGGAAGCGCCGAUAGAGAAUCAGAUACAGGAGAUCACUUACGAUGGCCAGGAGAUUUACCAAGCGCCUCUCACGUUGUCGGAAAACUUGGCGAAAAUUGCUCAAAAGAUCGACUUCAGCAAAACAAAUGGCGAAGAGAUAAAGAAGGAGCAGUUGGAGAGUGGCGAGAAGGGCGAAGAGGAUACGAAAGAUCCCGCUUCCUUUCAGUCUUCCUUAUGGCCAUGGGAUAGCGUUAGGAAUAAAUUAAGGAACGCCUUAACAGAAGUUUGUGUACUGGCUGAUGUACUUGCAAUAGCAAAGGAGAAAAAUUACAUGGUAUUAGAUCCAGUACCUCAAGAACCAGUUGAAGUGAAACCUAUGAUACAAGUGUAUGCUAGGAAAAAGGCAUUAGGAGGAGCGGCGAAUGUUCUCAUAACAGGUGCUGAGAGACUACGAAGUUGUCAGGCUGAGUUAGCUAGAACCAAGUCCACUCCUGACUUCCAUAUUGAAUUAUUAAGAUUACGGCAGAAUUGGCGUUUGAAGAAGGUGUCUAACUCCAUCAUUGGUGAUCUCAGUUAUCGAACUGCUGGCUCAAAAUAUACACAAACGGGCAUGUUCGAAGUCACCAAAGCUGAGGAAGAGGAGAAAAGUAAUAACAGUCCACCUGCGUCUCCCAAUGCUGGCAGCAAUAUAACAGGGCAGUCGCACGGUCCCUCAAACUCGAAAGCAUCUGCCUUACGUGUGACCAUACCCAGCGAGUUGCAAGGUGUCGCCUACAUCGAAGUAUUAUGUCAGAAAGAUCAAGAAGAUCUGUGCAGCGCAAAUAUAAGUCUGCUUAACAGCAGCGCGAACAAUUCAAACACCGACAUGCAUUGGCAGCAGAAGUUGGAAGCUGCGCAAAAUGUUCUAUUCUGUAAAGAAUUGUUUAGUCAAUUAGCACGUGAGGCUGUGCACUUACGCGCGCCUAUACCUCACAUGGUUGUUGGAAAUCAAAUAAUGGCCACGGUACUGCCAGGAAUUCAAUUAAUAAUCGGCUUGUGCCACAGCACUGGCAAUGACAAGAAACCUGCAGCUCCGCCGCCGCACAAAACGGAUCACGAUCAUGUGUUGGAACACUCUCUGCAUCAACUGCUGCGCGAAGUGCACCACAAGAAUAGCAAUCAUCCGUUUCCGCAUCCCGUCUCGGGUCCGCUCGGGCCCAGUAAACGCAGAUAUCUAGCCGGCCCCACCGCCGCCGACAGAUACGAGCUUCUAGAGAUGACGAAGAGUCAAACGCUGCUGGAGCAGAUUAUUCAACAGGCGCAACACUUUUUCAUGCGCUUACGCACAGAAUACGUAUUGGACACGAUAGCGAAGGAGGUGAAAGAUCCCCUCAUCGUUUCGCACUGGAAUGCACUCAACUCGCCCACGCAGUCGUGCGUGAAAAUUAAUAUCCUAACACACGGAUACGAUAGCGUGUGCAGGACGUCAAUGGUCGUUCACGUCGGUGAGAAAUCGUUAAAGUGCAUAUGUCGCGAUGGUAGAGUCAUGCACAUGAGUUACGAGCCCCAGGAACUGAGGGACCUCAUUUUCUGUCAGAUUUACCAGCAUCAAAUAAGCGCGGUGCAGGCUCUGGCCAAGUGCAUGGGCUGGCAGUUUUUGGCAAACAGCUCGCACCUCGGAUUAGGCUCGGUGGAACCUUUAGGAAAUGCCAGUAGUUGUAUUUUAGCCUCGCCGAUUGGCGACAGAAUGAUAGCCGUGCGAUGUGAGCCGCAAACGGGCGUGCAAGUUGCCAUUGCUCAUUCCCCGCGAAAGGAUUUCUUCCCCGGACAACUUGUUCGAGAAAGGAAGUGGGAGAAUCUGGGAGGAUCUUUCAAGGAAGUCAGAUGGGAUAAGAUGGAAGGGAAGAAUUUCCUUAACAAAAUGGAGCUACUUAUGGCUUCUUUGACGAGCUCUUAAGCAUUGCCAAUUACAGUCAGAUAUUCAUAUAUUUUUCUCGUCGGGACGUGGCAGUCACGCUUCGAUAAUAUGCGAAAAGAAAAAUGUACGGCAAUUUGACUGUAUCGGCAGUGUAAUGCAAUUUUUUUAAGAUAAAACUUGCAAGGAUCUUGUUUUUUUUUCUUUUUUUUUUUUAAUAAUUUGUUUUUCCAAGAAAUACAAGACUUUUUAUUGAUAGAAUGUCUUGAUUUUUUCGGUGAGCAAGAAGUUUUUAAAAACUUAAUCAUCCUCUUGUUUCUCCGUAAUUGUUAAUUUUUAUAUUGUUAGAAUUUCAUUUAUAAUUAUGAUUUAUAGUAAUUGAACAAUUUCAUUAUAUUAUUGAUAAUUUGGAACAAUGUGGAAGAUCUGAGCGAUAUUUUGGAUUAUUUUUGUUCUACGAUAAUUACAAAUUUAUUCAAAAUUUAUCUGCAACUUUACAGCAGACUGAUUGUAAGAAUAAGCGAAUUGAUAAAAAAAAUUAUGUCACGGAAAAAAGCAUUUUUGCACCUGAAGGGAAACGAGCAGUAAUUUAUACAAGUGAAAUUGUACAAAAAUUGUUUUUAUUUUACUGUCAUACGAAAUGCAAUGUGAAUUGGAUAAUAAACGAUUGCAACAUGUGGUAAGUGAAGAUUAAAUGAA